CACACUGCGUGUACUGCAUAACAUGUCAUGGCUGAGUUCACUAGGCGAAUUCCACCUUGUUCUGUGUAAUGUUUCCAGAUUACUUGAAUGUCCACUGAUUUGUCAUUCGUAGUGGAAAUUAAUUAGCAUUAGUGUUGUGCGUCUGUGCUGCUAUUCGGACUGUUUAGUGGCGUUUGAGGAGCUCGCACGGCUCGCAAUUCGCACCAGCAACGAGCACCAUAAAAUGGACUGCUGCAAUUUGUCAGUUGGCGAUUCACACUCUGUCCUUGAGUCACUUUAAUUGCGAUUGCAGCAUGAGCUGCGAAGGCAAGCCUGCAGCAGCUGCGGUCAGCGAGCAGGCGACCAGCGACGCCUUCCCCAACGUCCACGGCCGGACGUCCUGUCCGACGAGACGGGGACCCAACUCUCACCAACGAAACCUCAGCCUGGACUUUAGGCCCAUGAAGAUUACACUUCCGCCCGUGGCUCAGGUGACGGCAGGCACCACCGUAGCUGCCCUUUCCACCACCCAACACCACAGGCAUCGCAGCCUUGACCUCGACUUGCAUCGAAUACCAGAGGUCGAUGUCACACCCAGUCCCGAGCAGCAGCAGGCCAGCAAGGCCAAGUUACUUCCAAUUGCCAAGAGCAACAAGCUGAAGGAAGACAUAACUAGUCUUGGUUCAGACGAUUCUGGAAUCUGUGGCUCUGAUUCUAGUGCAGAGACGCGGCCCAAAGGCAGCGAAGAGACAAUUGCAACUGAAGAAGUCAAGUCUGAGCCCGAAGAAGAGGAGCAGCCUAAGCCUCAAGCUAUCAAACAGGCUGGUGAUACAGCAGUAGAGACUGUGGCCAAAGAAUCGUGUGUUCCUAAGAAGGACAAUUUGCUGCGAUUCAUGGAGAGCAGCAUGUUCCAGGCACCACUUGCAAUUAGCUACUUGUUCACCACCAAGGAAAUUGGUGUUCAGACCUAUAUAGCCAACAAAUUAUUCACUUUCCAAGAGCACGAGGUGGACUUCUAUUUACCUCAACUCAUUAGCAUGUACAUACACAUCCCAGAACUGGCCUCUCUAAUAUACCCCUACCUUAAACACAGAUGCGUUCGGAGCGCUGAAUUUUCUUUGCAAGUAGUGUGGCUCCUCGAGUCAUAUUCGUCUGAUGCCCAUCUAACGAGCAAGAAAAAAAGCGACGGAACCAAACUGAAGACAUUAAUUCUCUCUGAUAAACUGCGUCCCAAAAGCUUCCACGAGCGCGAAGUCAUGAAAAACACAUUAACCUCUCCAUCGCCCAAUAAAAAAGCCCACCAGCGCUCUCAGUCUGACGCCAGUGCUCUAAUCUUAGGACAGACCUCUGCUGAAGCAGCAGAAAAUAACUCAAUGUGCCUUGGAGACCUGAGGAGUGGGCGCGCCUUCAACACUGGUUGUACUUGCUUCAACACCCACAGAGGGAUGGUCAAUAACCUGAAAGGUCGCCAAACUAGCUGCAUAUGUAGCGCACCAAGAUUGGAAGGCGAACUGCAGUUUGUACGAGCCCUUCUUGCAAUUGGUCAUUUACUUCCUGGCUUGACCGGAGGCAAAGAGGCGCAAGCAAUAAGACUAAGAGCUGAAAUAGACCAGAUUAACUUAAACUUGCCUGCGAGAGUUUGGCUUCCAAUUCACUCCAGCACAAUUCCUCAUCAUGUGCUGCACAUUUCGACUACCUUCUCGGCAGUGCUAAACAGCAAGGACAAAGCUCCUUUUAUUCUCUACGUGGAAGUUCUUGAGGUGGACAACAUCGAGACGUCACCUGUUCCUCAGAAAAUGCUCAACGCCCUGAGAAACACCAAGAGUGAGGAGAAUCUGUUGGCAAACGAAAGGCCUUCUCCAACAACGACCAGUCAAAGCAUUUCCACCAUGCUGCACUCAAAUUCCAUGGGGAUGCUCUGUCCUUACGACAACGACGAUUGCUGGACUCAAGAGGACGAUGAAAUCUCUCAGCAGUAUGUGAACAAACUGAAAGUCGACCGGGACACCAUCAGUCAAAUCUCACUUGAGAGCAGUGACUCUAGGGAUAUGAUGGUUGCUGCGGGAGACAUCAGACGACGUCUGUCUUCUGCUUUUACUGACCCUAGAACCCUUGCCAGGAGGAGGGAUCCCGAAGAUCCUUCUGCAAACGUCUUAAGCGAACCUUGGAUGGACAAAGUUCAGCGAAUUCGAGACAGCUCCCCUUACGGCCGCAUGGCAAACUGGAGGCUGCUGUCAGUGAUAAUUAAAUGUGGUGAUGAUUUGCGACAGGAAAUGCUUGCUGCGCAGAUGUUAGAGAUGUUGCAAAAUACGUGGAAGGAUGAGAAGCUUGCUCUGCGCCUGCGACCAUACAAAAUUGUCUGUUUAUCAGCAGACAGCGGAUUUAUAGAACCGGUUUUGAACACCGUUUCCUUGCACCAGAUUAAAAAACAGCACCAAUUGUCCCUUCUCGAGUACUUCCAUGCCAAUUUCGGCCCUGCAAACUCGGAAGAGUUCCUCGAAGCGCAGCAUAAUUUUGUGGCCUCGUGUGCCGCUUACUGUGUUGUCUGUUACUUGCUUCAGGUUAAGGAUAGGCACAAUGGUAAUAUAUUGUUGGAUGAUACGGGCCACCUGAUUCACAUCGAUUUUGGCUUCAUUUUGUCAACAUCACCAAGAAAUCUGGGAUUUGAGACGUCUCCAUUCAAACUGACCCAGGAAUUUGUGGAUGUGAUGGGUGGUGAAGAGUCGGACAUGUUCCGCUACUUCAAAUUGCUGAUCUUGCAAGGAUUACUCGCAGCCAGAAAGCACAUGGAUAACCUGUUGAUUUUGGUGGAAAUCAUGCGCUCAGGUUCUCAGUUGCCAUGCUUCAAAUCAGGAGCAGCCACGGUCCAGGCGUUGAAAAAUCGCUUUCAUUUGACGUUGACCGAGGAGAAACUCGAGAGGCUGGUGGAUAAAAUGGUGAGCAACAGCCUGGACUCGCUGAGCACCAACCUUUACGACCGCUUCCAAUACAUCACAAAUGGCAUCCUGUAACACCUGCGCCGCGCCAAAGCAUUCCGUCCAAGGGACUCAUUCUGGUUGGCUUUGAUCUCCUCAUCUCUCUGCUAUAUCUGUUUUAUCAUUGAACUUUUAUAUUAAAAAUCUUUUUUAAAAAGG